AUGAACGCGAAGGUCUCCAGGCUCUUCCCCAACUCUCCCUUCCAUGAUUCGUGCAAAAUCGACCUGGUCGAACAGCAACGAUGUAGCUUCGACGCUGGCCCCAAGAAAUCCAGCCCGAAAGAGGCCGAAGAUGUUGCCAGACGAAAGACUUGCGGUGUCAAGGCUAGCGGAAGCAACACCACCGACGACGCGCCUGCUAUCGUCGAAGCGUUCAAGCAGUGCGGCCGGCGCGGCAGGGCCAUGUUCGAGCCAACGACAUACUAUGGCAACUCCGCUGUGAAUGCCACAUGGCUGGAAGAUGCCAAGAUUGAUCUCCAAGGAAUUCUGCUGUUACGACACCGUCCUACAAAAGGCCUGUCACCCCGCUCUCAGAUCUUGGUUCAAUCUGCACGUUGCGCCAAGCCAAACACUACCAAGACUUUCGUUUGA